ACUCCUGCUGGGCAGCCCACAGGGUCCCUGGGCGGAGGGCAGGAGCAUCCAGUUGGAGUUGACAACAGGAGGCAGGCCCUCCCGUGUCUCCACAGAGGCAUCAUGGAGGGUCCCCGGGGAUGGCUGGUGGUCUGUGUGCUGGCCAUAUCGCUGGCCUCUAUGGUGACCGAGGACUUGUGCCGAGCACCAGACGGGAAGAAAGGGGAGGCAGGAAGACCUGGCAGACCGGGGCGGCCAGGCCUCAAGGGGGAGCAAGGGGAGCCGGGGGCCCCUGGCAUCCGGACGGGCAUCCAAGGCCUUAAAGGAGACCAGGGGGAACCUGGGCCCUCUGGAAACCCCGGCAAGGUGGGCUACCCAGGGCCCAGCGGCCCCCUCGGGGCCCGUGGCAUCCCGGGAAUUAAAGGCACCAAGGGCAGCCCAGGAAACAUCAAGGACCAGCCGAGGCCAGCCUUCUCCGCCAUUCGGCGGAACCCCCCAAUGGGGGGCAACGUGGUCAUCUUCGACACGGUCAUCACCAACCAGGAAGAACCGUACCAGAACCACUCCGGCCGAUUCGUCUGCACUGUACCCGGCUACUACUACUUCACCUUCCAGGUGCUGUCCCAGUGGGAAAUCUGCCUGUCCAUCGUCUCCUCCUCAAGGGGCCAGGUCCGACGCUCCCUGGGCUUCUGUGACACCACCAACAAGGGGCUCUUCCAGGUGGUGUCAGGGGGCAUGGUGCUUCAGCUGCAGCGGGGUGACCAGGUCUGGGUUGAAAAAGACCCCAAAAAGGGUCACAUUUACCAGGGCUCUGAGGCCGACAGCGUCUUCAGCGGCUUCCUCAUCUUCCCAUCUGCCUGAGCCAGGGAAGGACCCCCUCCCCCACCCACCUCUCUGGCUUCCAUGCUCCGCCUGUAAAAUGGGGGCGCUAUUGCUUCAGCUGCUGAAGGGAGGGGGCUGGCUCUGAGAGCCCCAGGACUGGCUGCCCCGUGACACAUGCUCUAAGAAGCUCGUUUCUUAGACCUCUUCCUGGAAUAAACAUCUGUGUCUGUGUCUGCUGAA